AUGGAUGAAACUUUCCGAGCCUUCGAUCGGAUCCUGCGCUUCGCUGGAAUUUCCAUUUUCGCUAAGAGCAAGUGGAAUUCCAAGCGAUGGCUGAUAUACCAGAGUUUCAACUUCUUUCUAGCUCUUCUUACCUUUAUUUUUACUUCCGCUUUCGUUGUAUUUAACAUGUCCGAUCUCCUUCUCUGCAUACAAGGCGCGUGUAUAUGGACUACAGGCGUUAUAAUGUUCAUAUCUUUGGGCAUUUGUUUGAUAUUCAAGAAGGACUUCGAGGGUUUUGUUGGUGAGAUGGCCUUUCAAGAUCGCGCUUUAGAUAUGCCGUUAGUGGAAUAUGUUAUGGCGAGUCAAGGGAGAGGGAAGUGUUUCGAGUUAAAGUGUCUCGUGAUGAAUACACAGGAAAAGAUAUUUAAGCUGACACGUAUGUUGCUGAAGACGUAUGUCGCUAGUGUAUGGUUGUGUGCGACGUUAUAUCUGUGUAGCCCGAUUUAUGGAAUGUAUGUAAGGGAGGAUGACUCUUUAAGAUUGUUAGCUUUCGAUAUGUGGUUUCCUUGGAGUCUAGAAAAUUUCGGCGUGUAUGUAGCAUCGUUUACAUUUCACGCAUAUGCCGGGUAUUUGUGUUGUAUUGCUUACCCCGGUUUCCAAUCAAUGAUAAUAAUACUUGUUUGGCAAAUAAUUCGACAACUGCAGAUCAUAACCUUUGUUCUAACAAACUUGGACGAAAUUAUGCUGGAUAUUGUUAAACAAAGGAACGAAAGAUGGCAGUCUGGGUGCAGUUCUGUCUUCUCACAAUGUGUUAAACACUAUGUAAGGACUAAAAGAUUCUCCAAUCGGCUUAAUGUGAUUUGCCGACCGUUCUAUUUGGCUUUAAUCCUCGUCGCUAUAAUGCUUGUGUGCGUUUGCUCUGUGAAGAUUGCAGUUUCGAACAAGUUUACGCUGGAUACAAUGAAGUAUUAUGUACACGAAUUUUGUUUUAUUCUUGUUGUUUUUAUGUUCUGCUUCCUCGGUCAGCAAGUGGAAAAUCAGUGUGAGAAACUAGAUGCAGCAGUCACAGAGAAGUGGUAUAUCUACAACAAAGAGCACAAACAUAACGUAUUAAUUUUCAAAAUAGCUCUCAGCCAAAGGAUGCCAAUCCAUAUUUUCGGAUCAAUCCCACUAUCUUUGCCAACAUUUACUUGGUUCAUCAAAACCGGGAUGUCAUUCUUCACUCUUAUGAUGUCAGUGUUAGAAACAUAGAAGAAUUAUCUUAUCAGUUAUACUGGUUAAAAUAAAAUAAAUAACAUGAA